AUGAAACUGAUCGGAUUUCUUCUGUGUUCCGUGGCCGCGUGGCAGCAUUCCGCAAAUGCAAGUGAUGUGAAUACGGAGCAGGAGCAGAUUCGAACAGCAUUACCCUGGCUAUAUCUUUUGGCGCUAACGGCAGGGCGGCCACAGAUACCCAUCCUCAGACCCCAAGAUGAGUCGCUGGCCAUCACAAACAGUGCGAUCAUGAAACAGCCCCAGUCCGAUGAGAUACUGAACUCUGAGCAAACCAACAACGAGGUGCGAGAGCAGUUCCUGCAAGGAAUUCUUCUGGGCUUACAGCAGCCAGGAUCCGCCACAAUUUCACCCGCUGUUUUGUCAGACUUUAUUGCCCAGGCCACCACUACUACUACACGAAAACCUGAGGUGGAAAAAGAUGCCGAUGGAGGUGAUACCGAUGAGGACGUUGACUACAUAGACUUUAAGAAUGGAUCGCGCAUCAAAUACGAUUUGGAUGAUGCCGAGCAGACGGUUAAUAAAAUUCUGCAGCGGACUACCAGUCGUCCAGCUGCGAAUCCGCCGCAAAGCACUGCCCUUUAUUAUAGAACUCCACCCAGAUACGUUUACUAUAGACCUAUAUAUGGGUCUACGCCAUAUUACUAUCGAGUUGGCUAG